AUAAGCGAGCAAGGCAAAGAGGAAUCAAUCGACAAAUUUCAUACGCGUUUACGAGGCUUGGCAAAAUACUGCGAAUUUACAAACAUAGAUUUUGAAAUUGAGAUGCAGAUUGUUACGAACGGCACUUCAUCAAGAUUACGAAAGAAAGCACUACAAGACCCAAAAUAUAGUUUGGCAAAUAUGUUAAUCGACGGACGAAAAUACGAAACUAGUUCAGCUCAAGACGUUGGGAUCGAAGAACAGUUCAAAACAAGAGAAAAUAUAAAUGCAACGGCUAUGGCAACGCCCACUGAGAAAAAGUGUUAUUACUGCGGUUUCAAGUAUCCACACGACAAUCAACCGUGCCCAGCGAAGUCCGCUAUUUGUAACGACUGCGGAAGAAAGGGACACUUCGCUAAAGUAUGUCGAACACGAGGAAAAUCUUUCCCAAGUAUAGGAAACUUUGAGAAAUUACAAACGCAAGGUUUUACCUCCCCAGACAAAAGGCGCCAAUCACGAUGGGAUGAGAAUAAAUAACGAAGACAACAAGCAAAGGCUGUCGGAAUAUCACAAAGCGAACCAAAUACUGAAAGCUCGGAAGAUGAGGAUUAUGUUUACACAGUAUCGCAAGAAACGAAGGAGAAAACACACGCGACCGUAAAAAUAAAUGGACAGGACGGUUUAUUUGUGGUUGACACUGGCGCGACUGUUGACAUCAUUGAUUCUACGACAUACGCGAAAUUAAAAGAGAAAAAGUUCGUUACGUAAAAGUUUAACUAAAAUCUACGCAUAUGGAUUUCACACACCUCUGCCUUUAAACAGACAAUUUCAAGCAACACUCGAAUCGAAAAAGCGUUAUACCGUGUCGCAAACAUAUGUAAUAGACGGUGCAGGAGGAAAUUUACUAAGUGCUAAAACAAUCUCGUUCCCCGAGCCUGCGAUCCUCGGGAAGGAACGCGAGGCUCUGGGAUAAUCCGUUUCAGGGAGGAAUCUGAUUGGCCGUUGAAAUGGAAUGCGUAGUUCAAUCUUAGCCAGGAUUCCUGGCUUCCGGCAACGGAUUAUCCCAGAACCUCGCGUUCCUUCCCGAGGAUCGCAGGCUCGGGGAACGAGAUUAGUGCUAAAACAGCCCAAGAUUUGGCCUUGGACCAGCUAAUUAACACAAUUUCCAGUUUUCCUAAACAAGAUAAACAAACAAAGACAAAUCAAAACAAUACACACAGCACUGCAUGCGAGACCAAUCCAGAAAUCAACACAAGUGUUCCUCAAUCAAAAGAUCCAAAAAUACAAGAAAUCAUAAACAAAUAUAGUACAGUUUUCAAGAGGCAAGGAAAAUUAAACAAUCAACAAAUUAAACUUCAUAUCCGAGACGAUGUUAAACCAGUUAUGCAGCGGCAAAGACGUAUACCAUAUCAUGUGAGAAACGAUGUUUCCAAGGAACUAAAGAAAUUAGAAGAGCAAGAUAUUGUCGAGAAAGUCGCCAAUGAACCAACACCAUGGAUAUCUCCAAUAGUUGUCAUGCCAAAGAAAGACGGAGGUAUUAGACUAUGUGUAGCCAUGAGGGAAGCAAACCAGGCAAUCGAAAGAGAGAGACACACAAUGCCAACUUUACAAGAUUUUAAAGCCGAGGUAAAUGGAGCAAAAUUUUUCUCAAAGAUUAACCUAAAGCGAGCAUAUCACCGGCUCGAAUUACACCCAGACAGUCGAUUCAUUACAACGUUUUCGACCCAUGAAGGACUGUUCCAGUAUAAAAGAUUAAAUUACGGUACGAACAGUGCAGCCGAGAUAUUCCAAAAUGUGCUACAGCAAAACCUUAGUGAUAUCAGAGGAGUGAAAAACCUGGUGGAUGAAAUUAUUAUUCAUGGUAAAACCCGAAAGUUACACGACGAAGCACUAGAGAACUGUCUAAAACGGCUGGCAGCACUAAACUAGAAAGUGAAAGGGGGAAAAUUUGAAUUUCUACAAGACGAAAUUACGUUCUUUGGAUUAAAAUUUACAGCAGCAGGGACCAAACCAGAUCCAGAGAGAAUUGAGAACAUGAGUAGAGUACCAGCUCCCAAAACAGCUGGAGAAGUUAGAAGUUUUCUGGGAAUGGCCAACACUUGCCACGAAUACAUUCCAGAGAGAACAAAUAACUAGUACAUCAGCAGAAGACUAUGUGAACUAUGUAACUAACUGUUCAGUUCCAAAGUCAAUGACACUUGACGAGAUUAAAAAAGCAACCCAUAACAAUCCAGUAGUACAAAAAGUGAAGAAAUGUCUGAAAGAGGGAAAAUGGGAUGAGAACGAUCCUGAUCUGAAACCGUUUAGACUUUGCGCCUACGAACUUACGUACAAUGCAUCAGCAGGUAUACUGUUGAAGAACACACGGCUGGUCAUUCCAACAACAUUACAAGAAAGAAACAAAAUUAGGUCAUAUCGGGCAUCAGAGAGAAAACGAAAAGCCUGCUAAGCGAAAAUAUCUGUUACCCAAAUGUGGACAAACGAGUGAAAGAAAUGGUAGACAAAUGCAUUCUUUGCCAAUCAGUAGGUCACGGUAAUAACCCGGAUCCAAUGAAAAUAACACCAACUGAAGACAAACCAUGGACUAGUGUAGCGAUCGACUUCUAUGGUCCAGUACCCCGAACUGGUCAAUAUCUGCUAAUCAAUCAAUCAAUAAACUUUAUUUACAGAGGGUUAAAAAUAUUACAUAGCUAAUAUACCUGGAAAGUCCAGGGCCCUCGCUAUUUUAGUUAAAAUAUGAGUUGAAGUUAUUUACAAUAGAGUGAAAUAUUAUUAGUUGCUAGUUAAAAAAUAAUUUGUUAAAAAUUUCCUCUUAAAGUCGUUUAGAGAUACGCUUUCUCUAAUUUUUGAACUUAAUGUGUUCCAUAUCUUUACACUACUGUAUCAAAACGUAUUUGUAUAUAUCUGUUUAUGUUUUCCUGGAGGCAAAUACAGAUAAUUUGCAGAGCUUGAUCGGCUUGUCUUUGUAUCAACUUGUCUGUCAAACCUAAACAUAUUUGUCAUAUAAUCCGGACAUAAAUAAUUGAGACUUUUGUAGACCAUAAUAGCUUUACGGUACUUAAUACGAUCCUCGAUAGGCAUCCAAUUUAAUGUUAAAAACAUGUCUUUACUGGGGUAACGAUUAUCCGUGAUGUCUAAAAUUACCCUAGCUGCUCUUUUUUGAGCUAAAUUGAUCUUCUUAGCAUGAGGUGAACCACCCCAAACAGUGGAACAAUAAUCCAUGUGUGGAAGAAUGUGCGCAUUAAAGAACAGUUUCCGUGUCGUCUGUAGCGCUAAAUAUCGUUUAAUUCUACGAAGUAGAGCUAUACUUCAAUUAUCUUUGAAACUGUGGUGUUUAUAUGAUCCUCCUAGGACAAAUUAUGAUUCAUAAUGACGCCAAGUAAUGGGAUAAAAAAGGUGACAUCGUCAUUUGGAAACAGAAGAAGAACGAACAAUAAGUUAACAUCAAAGUUUGACCCAGAACAUUAUACGGUAGUACAACGUAAGCACAACACCAUCAUAGGUAAAAGAGAUGGUAAGAUGGUGACAAGAAAUGUUUCACACUUUUAGAAGGUAUUAAUGGAAAAAAGCGAGGAGGAGCAGGAAGACACAGCACCGGAAAGAUCGACGGAAACAGAGGAACCGCCAAUGCAAGAACCAAGUGUAAGGAGAUCAACAAGAAUGAAAAGUCUGGUAAUACGAUAUCAGUACCAGACUUGAUCUUAUAA